AUGAAGAUGAAAAGGGUCUCUGAUGCUAUGAAGCCUCAGAAAACUGCCAUGGCCAAGAGAGGCUCCACUCUGAAGAAUAAGGCCGGCCAACUUUCGAAGCUGUGCGAUAUUGCCGUUUACAUGAUCGCUGUUGAUCGAAUUGAAAAGGGUCCGUUCUCCGUCGAAAAGGGUUUCUUGGAAAUUGUUGAUGACCGAGAAAAUCGGGAUUUGGGUAUUCAAGAUAAUUGCUUGGGGGCCAAGUUGGAGUCUUUGAAUGAGAGGAUCGGAGCUGUGACGAUGAAGAUGAAGAUGAAGAUGAUGAUGAUGAGGGAUGACGGAAAGUGCAGUUUCAUGGACUUGUACAAGAAUAUCAUGGAACCAGAUGCAGCAGAUCAACAACAACAAUCAUCUCUUAAUCUUAAUUUGAAUCUUCAUCCGACUGAUCUCGUCAUACCCACACCCAAACCCAAUUUAAUUGAUCAGAUUAAUUUGAAUCUUGAUCCAGGUGAUCUCGUCAUACCCACACCCAAACCCAAUUUAAUUGGUGAGAUUAAUUUGAAUCUUGAUCCAGAUUAUCUGCAACUUUAUGAUCUUGAAUUGCCAGAAGAACCACAAGAGCAGCUGCAGCCGCAAUCACCUUCUGUGCCAAGUGUGGAAAUUAGUGAUGAUGAUAUGAAGUUGCUAUUGAGUGAUUGUGAGAUUGGGUUGAUGGAAGAUGAUAUGCAGUUUUGUGAUAAUCUUGAUGAUUAUGAGCCAACUGUGGAUACUAUUUAUGAUUUUCUCAGUUGGGUAUUGGGUGAUGAAGAUCAAAAUGAUAAUAGUGCAAUGGAAGAUGAUGUGCAACCUCAGAGUACUAAUCAUAUUACUGAUGAUGAGCAUGAUGACAUUAGGUUGCUGUUGACUGAUUGUGAGAUUGGGUUGAUGCAAGAAGAUUUGCAGUUCUGUGACAAAGACUUGAGUGAAUUUUUGGCGCCUCUUGAAACCAUGUUGCUACAAGACCCACAACAUCAGCCUCAUUCCGAGUUAAAUCUUAAUUUCUAG